AUGUCUGUUGCUCGCACCGUUAAGAUUGACUGGGCCAAGAUCGUUUCCACCCUCGGUCUGACCGGUUCCACUGUCUCUGCCCUCUCCGGCUUCCGCAAGCGUCACGAUGAAGCCGUCAAGGCCGUUGUCGAGCUCGGCACUCAGCCCACCUCCGUUGACUUUGCCUUCUACCGCAAGACCCUCAAGAACCAAGAGAUUGUCGACAAGAUUGAGAACGCCUACAAGUCUUUCACCCCUGUGACCUACGACGUUUCCAAGCAGCUCAAGACCAUUGAGGCUUUUGAGGCUAAGGCUCUUGCCAACGCCAAGGAGACCUCUGCUACCAUCGAGAAGGAGCUCCAGGACCUUGAGGCCACCCUCUCCAACAUUGAGACCGCCAGACCCUUUGACCAGCUUACUCUUGACGACCUCCGCAAGGCCAGACCCGACAUUGACGCCAAGGUCACCGAGGCUGUCACCAAGGGUAGAUGGGAGACUCCUGGCUACGACGAGAAGUUCGGCUCUGCUGCUGCCAUGUAA